AUGCAAGUAGCAAACUCAAGCUACACGACUCACAUCCCAAACAUCUAUUACAGCAACAUGCCGAUAGCUCGUUUUGCUACAUUGCUCAUAGUCACCGGCUUCCUCUCCACGGUCGGACAUCUCGGAGCGCCGGCAUUUGGCGCUCUCGAUGAUGAUCUCUUAUCCCUUGACGUUGUGUCGAAAAUCCAUACCGAUAGGAGCUUGACAGCCAGGGCUUCCUCGGAUUUUGGCCACAUUGUGGAGGCCACCCCCGAUGGAGUUUUCCACCCAGUCUCUCCCGCCGACAUAGCUGCUCUAAUCCGCUUCUCGCUCUACCAGCAGACACCAUUCACGGUGGCGCCGCGUGGGAAAGGGCACUCCUCUAGGGGACAGGCCCUCGCCCCCGGCGGCAUUGUCGUCGACAUGCCCUCGCUGGGGCGUGGUGACCAUGGUCACCGUGUAAAUGUGUCCAUCGAUGGGAUGUACGUGGACGUCGGCGGCGAGCAGCUAUGGUUCGACGUUCUCCAUGCCACGCUCAAGCACGGGCUCACGCCACGGGUGUGGACCGAUUACCUCCGCAUCACCGUCGGCGGCACGCUCUCCAACGCCGGCAUAGGCGGGCAGGUGUUCCGGCACGGCCCCCAGAUCUCCAACGUGCACGAGCUUGACGUCGUCACAGGCACGGGAGACAUGAUCACCUGCUCCCCGGGCAACAACUCGGACCUGUUCUACGGGGCGCUGGGCGGGCUGGGCCAGUUCGGGGUGAUAACCCGGGCCCGGGUCGGGCUCGAACGGGCUCCGAAACGGGUCAGGUGGGUCCGGCUCGCCUACACGGACGUGCACCAGUUCACCGCUGACCAAGAGCUGCUCAUUUCAAGAGGGGCCGGGUUCGACUACGUCGAGGGUCAGGUCCAGCUGAACCGGACCCUGACGGAGGGCCGGAGGUCGUCGUCCUUCUUCUCGGCGUCGGAGCUCGCCCGUCUGACGGAGCUCGCGCUGGGCACCGGAUCAGCCGCGGUGUACUACAUCGAGGGCGCGAUGUACUACGGCGACCGCUCUGCCGCCACGGUGGAUCGGAAGCUCGAGGCGCUGCUGGAGGAGCUGAGCUUCGUCCCGGGGUUGGCGUUCGUCAGGGACGCGUCGUACGUGCAGUUCCUGGACCGCGUCGGGCAGGAGGAGCAGAAGCUCCGGGCGGCCGGCGCGUGGGACGUGCCGCACCCGUGGCUCAACCUCUUCGUCCCGAGGUCGCGCAUCCACGACUUCGCCGCCGGCGUGUUCGACGGCGUCCUGAGGGGCGCCAGGCCCGCGGGGCUCAUCCUCAUGUACCCCAUGAACAGGGACAGGUGGGACGACCGGAUGACGACGGCGACGCCCGACGAGGACGUGUUCUACGCCGUGGGGCUGCUCCGGUCGGCGGUGGCCGCCGGCGACCUGGAGCGGCUGGAGAGGGAGAACGAGGCGGUGCUGGAGCUGUGCGACCGGGCGGGCAUGGGGUGCAAGCAGUACCUGCCGCACCACGCGUCGCAGGACGGCUGGAGGCGGCACUUCGGGGCGAAAUGGGACAGGGUCGCCGCGCUCAAGGCCACGUACGACCCGCGGGCGAUCCUGUCGCCGGGGCAGGGGAUCUUCCCGGCCGUGGUGGCCAGCACGACGCCCGCUACAAUCACGGCGUCCUGA